UGCAGCACACAGUUGGAGUAACAUCCUUCAAUUUGUCAAGAGCUUUUAACUGUACACAGAAUUUGGGGACAUAGCAGCCAUGCGUAAGCGAAAGAUAAACCUGAUGGAGGUUUGGCGCAGGAAUCGUGUUGCUCACCCAAACAGAGCUAAGAACCUAAAACUAAGGCCGCGUCAACUGGCACAAUUGAGAGACCCCGAAGUGGUGGCAGCCCUCCUUCAGCAGAAUGUCAAGAUGGCGCGCCUACUCCCUCCCAAUGGCACCGAUGUGUUCCGCCCCUUCACUUUGGAGUCGCUCGCCGAGAUCGAGCGGCGGAUGGCAGAAGAGGCCGCUGAGCAGGAGCAGAUGAAGGCCCAGGAUAUUGAGGUGCCUGAGGAGGAUCUGCCCAAACCCAGCAGUGAUUUGGAAGCAGGAAAGGCCCUACCGUUCAUCUACGGAGACCCUCCACCGAAUCUCCUCAAUGUUCCUUUGGAAGAGUUGGAUCCAUUCUACAAAGCCAAAAAAACGUUCAUCGUGGUCACCAAAGGGAAUACAAUAUUCCGAUUCAAUGCUGAACCUGCAUGCUACAUUCUAAGUCCAUUCAACCCUAUUCGACGAGUGGCCAUAAGAAUACUCAUACAUUCAUUAUUUAGCAUGUUCAUCAUGAUAACCAUCUUGUCAAACUGCGUUUUCAUGACGAUGGGUGACCCUCCAGCAUGGAGCAAAAUAGUAGAGUACGUUUUCACUGGCAUCUACACCUUUGAGGCGCUUGUAAAGGUGCUGUCCAGAGGCUUCUGCAUCGGUGAUUUCACAUUCCUGCGAGAUCCAUGGAAUUGGCUGGAUUUUAUGGUCAUCUCCAUGGCGUACCUCACAGAGUUUGUGGACUUGGGGAAUAUAUCCGCUCUGAGGACUUUCCGUGUUCUUCGAGCCCUGAAAACAAUAACUGUAAUUCCAGGUCUUAAAACCAUCGUUGGCGCCUUGAUUCAGUCGGUGAAGAAACUGGCGGAUGUCAUGAUCCUCACUGUCUUCUGUCUCAGCGUGUUUGCUCUCAUUGGCCUGCAACUGUUCAUGGGAAAUUUGCGGCAAAAGUGUGUCCGGUCUUUGGACUUGAGCAACAGUGAUAACCUGACCAUGCUCUUCAAUUACACAGACAUCAAUGGCACUGAAGCUGCCAACAGCACAUUCAACUUUCAGGAAUAUAUCGAAAAUCCAGAGAACCACUACUAUGUGCCUGGCCAUGCGGAUCCAUUACUUUGUGGGAACAGCUCUGAUGCAGGGAAGUGCCCUGAGGGGUACACAUGCUUGAAAGCUGGCCGAAACCCAAAUUAUGGCUACACUAGUUAUGACAACUUUGCCUGGGCUUUCUUAGCCCUUUUCCGGCUAAUGACUCAAGACUUCUGGGAGAACUUGUUCCAGUUGACGCUCCGUGCAGUAGGGAAGACGUACAUGGUCUUCUUUGUAGUCAUCAUCUUCUUGGGUUCGUUCUACCUCAUCAAUCUGAUUCUGGCUGUGGUGGCCAUGGCGUAUGCUGAACAGAAUGAAACCACCAUUGCAGAAGCUAAAGAAAAGGAGGAAGAGUAUGCAAAAAUCCUGGAACAGCUCAAGAAACAAGCUGAGCAGAAGAACAAUAUGGUAAAUGGUAGUAAAACAUCACUAUCCAGCAAAAAGAAAGGCGAUGAUGACCAAAUGCAGAACGACUAUGAUGGGAUCGCAUUGAAACCCCUCUCGAAGUCAAAUGGAUCCAAAGGUAGCAUGAAUUACUUGGAAGUCCCUGACUCGCAGAUGAGAAAACCGAGUGCGGUGAGCACCACAGACGAUGCUUUAGAUGAGCUGGAGGAUAUUCAAAGGCCAUGUCCUCCCUGCUGGUACAAGUUUGCUGACAUAUUCCUGAAAUGGGAUUGCUGCUCGCCAUGGGUGAAAUUCAAGAAGCUUAUCUACCUAUUUGUAAUGGACCCUUUUGUGGAUCUGGGCAUUACUAUCUGCAUUGUGCUCAACACUGUGUUCAUGGCUAUGGAGCACUAUCCUAUGACUCCACAUUUCGAACACAUGUUGACAGUAGGAAACCUGGUUUUCACUGGUAUCUUCACAGCAGAGAUGGUGCUAAAACUGAUUGCACUGGACCCAUAUUAUUACUUCCAAGUUGGCUGGAACAUUUUUGACAGCAUAAUUGUGACCAUGAGUCUGGUGGAGUUGGGCUUAGCCGAUGUUCAGGGCUUGUCUGUGCUGAGGUCAUUCCGUUUGAUGCGUGUGUUCAAGCUGGCAAAAUCUUGGCCAACCCUAAACAUGCUGAUAAAGAUCAUCGGUAAUUCUGUAGGUGCUCUUGGGAAUCUGACCCUCGUCCUGGGCAUUAUUGUCUUCAUCUUUGCUGUGGUGGGGAUGCAGCUUUUCGGAAAAAGCUACAAGGACUGUGUGUGUAAGAUAUCGGAGGAUUGCGAACUCCCUCGCUGGCACAUGACAGAUUUCUUUCACUCGUUCCUCAUCAUCUUUCGUGUUCUAUGUGGGGAAUGGAUCGAAACAAUGUGGGACUGCAUGGAAGUGGCUGGCCAAGGCAUGUGCAUCAUCGUCUUCAUGAUGGUCAUGGUUAUAGGAAACCUAGUGGUGUUGAAUCUCUUCCUGGCUUUGCUGCUCAGCUCCUUCAGCGGAGACAACCUGGCAGCAUCUGAUGAUGAUGGGGAGAUGAACAAUCUGCAGAUUGCCGUUGCUAGAAUGACAAGAGGCAUCGACUGGGUAAAGGCCUUUGUUAUCAAACAUAUGAGGCAAUGUCUGGGCCUGAAGCCAAAGGAAGAGGGUGUGAAAGAAAACGAAGAAAACACUUCAAAAAUGGCCACCAUGAAUUCCAGUCUGUCCGAUGUCAAAGUGCCUAUAGCCAAUGGUGAAUCGGAUGAUGACGAUGAUGAUGGCAACAGCUCUUCUGAGGAAGAUGACAAAGAGGACAUUGAUAAAAAUACUAAAAAGAAAGAUGGAGAUGAAUCAUCAACCUGCAGCACAGUGGACAAACCUCCUGAGAUAGAAGAGGUGGUAGGAGAGGAAGAAGAGGACUCCACUAUCCCUAAGGACUGUUACACAGAGAACUGCAUCAGGCGAUGUCCUUGCUUGGAGCUUGACGUGACCCAAGGUAAAGGGAAGACAUGGUGGAAUUUCCGUAAAACCUGCUACACCAUUGUGGAGCACAGCUAUUUUGAAACCUUCAUCAUCUUCAUGAUCCUCCUCAGCAGUGGAGCUUUAGCAUUUGAGGACAUAUAUAUUGAACAACGAAGAAUGAUUAAAAUCAUCCUUGAAUAUGCAGAUCAGGUCUUCACUUAUGUGUUUGUCAUUGAGAUGCUUCUGAAAUGGGUAGCCUAUGGCUUCAAGGUCUAUUUCACAAACGCAUGGUGUUGGCUGGACUUUCUCAUCGUUGAUGUGUCCCUGAUCAGUUUGACUGCAAAUAUCUUAGGCUACUCCGAACUGGGGGCCAUUAAGUCUCUCAGGACUUUGAGAGCGCUGAGACCUCUUCGAGCACUCUCCAGGUUUGAAGGAAUGAGGGUGGUGGUGAACGCUCUGGUGGGGGCCAUUCCAUCCAUCUUCAACGUUCUCCUGGUCUGCCUGAUCUUUUGGCUCAUCUUCAGCAUCAUGGGAGUCAACCUUUUUGCUGGAAAGUUCUACUACUGCUACAACUUGACAUCUGAAGAAGUUUUCCCAGUCACUCAGGUCAACAAUAAGACUGACUGUUUUAUGCUGCUCGAAGAGAAUAAUACAGAUGUGCGAUGGAUGAAUAUGAAGGUUAACUUUGAUAAUGUAGGCAUGGGAUACCUCUCCUUACUGCAAGUGGCAACAUUCAAAGGAUGGAUGGACAUCAUGUAUAGUGCUGUGGAUUCUCGUGAUAUUGAAGGGCAGCCAGAGUAUGAGUCUAACCUCUACAUGUACCUUUACUUUGUCAUCUUCAUCAUUUUUGGCUCUUUCUUCACCCUCAAUCUAUUCAUCGGUGUCAUCAUUGACAAUUUCAACCAACAAAAGGCAAAGUUAGGAGGAACUGACAUCUUCAUGACCGAGGAUCAGAAAAAAUACUACAAUGCCAUGAAGAAACUUGGCGCCAAAAAGCCACAGAAACCAAUUCCAAGGCCUACAAACUGCUUCCAAGGUUUGGUAUUCGACCUGGUCACCAAGCAGUUCUUUGACAUCUUCAUUAUGGUGAUGAUCUGCCUGAACAUGGUGACAAUGAUGGUGGAGACAGAUGACCAGAGUGAAGAGAUGGAAAAUAUUCUGUUCCUUAUCAACUUCGUCUUUAUCGUACUCUUCACCGGGGAGUGUAUUCUCAAGAUCAUUGCCCUGCGCUAUCACUACUUUUCCAUUGGGUGGAACAUUUUUGAUUUUGUGGUGGUCAUUCUUUCAAUCUUAGGUCUUUUGCUGGCAGAUCUCAUCGAGAAGUACUUUGUGUCACCUACGCUGUUUCGCGUCAUCCGACUGGCCAGAAUCGGCCGCGUCCUGCGGCUCAUCCGCGGUGCCAAAGGAAUCCGGACGUUACUGUUCGCGCUGAUGAUGUCACUUCCUGCCCUCUUCAACAUCGGCUUGCUUCUAUUCUUAAUCAUGUUUAUUUUCUCCAUAUUUGGCAUGUCCAACUUUGGGUAUGUGAAAAAAGAAGGAGGCAUCGAUGACAUGUUUAAUUUCGAGACCUUCGGGAACAGUAUCAUAUGUUUGUUCAUGAUCACAACUUCCGCCGGCUGGGAUGGAUUGUUGGCACCUAUACUCAACAGCCCACCAGACUGCGACCCAGAUGUAGAAAACCCGGGAUCGCCUGUCCGAGGAAACUGCGGGAGCCCUGCGGUAGGCAUCGUCUUCUUCUGCAGCUACAUUGUCAUGUCCUUCCUCGUCGUGGUCAACAUGUACAUAGCCAUUAUUCUGGAAAACUUCAAUGUAGCGACAGAAGAAAGCAGCGACCCCUUGUGUGAGGACGAUUUUGAGAUGUUCUACGAAACCUGGGAGAAGUUUGACCCCACCGCCUCUCAGUUCAUCGCUUAUAGUAGGCUGUCUGAAUUCUGCGACACGCUGAAAGACCCCCUGAGGAUCCCGAAACCGAACACCCUUAAGCUGAUCACAAUGGACCUUCCCAUGGUCCCUGGUGAUAAGAUCCACUGUCUGGACAUUCUCCUGGCCCUCACUACACAGGUGCUGGGAGAUUCUGAUGCCAUGGAUGCCAUGAAAGCAACUAUGGAGGAGAAGUUUAUGGCCAACAACCCCUCGAAGGUUUCGUACGAGCCCAUCACCAGCACUCUCAGACGGAAGGAAGAAGAAGUGGCCGCUUCGGCCAUUCAAAGAGCCUACCGCAAGCACGUCCUCAAACGCGGCCUCAAACACGCCUCGUAUAUGUACAGAGAGAAGACGGACUCGAAGAGACGAGGUGAAGAGACACCAGAAAAAGUGGGGAUGAUAGCUAAGAAAAUGAGUUAUCUGUAUGGAGAUCAAGCCAUUGAGGACGACAAACCUAAGGGUCUCUCCUUCUCUCAACAUGGGAAACCACAGUAUGGGGUUAAGCGUCCCCCAGUGAGAGUUCAGAGCGAUGUGGUCUUGCACUCUGCCCCUUUUCCCGUUCCUGACUCCUCAGCCACUGCAGAAAACUUGAGAGAGUCCAUUGUGUAACAGGUUCAUGACAUGUACACUUAACCUUUGGAACGCCCAGCAAUACAGAGACCCUCCAGGAGAAUGUUCAGAGUUAUACUUUGGCACACAACAGCCAGAAUGAAAGAAAUUCAUGGAGUCAGUAUGGGGAAGAUUCUUUGCAAAUUGCAACGAGUUGUAAUCAAUAUUAUUGAUGCAGUCGAUGGCUCCUCUCAGUACUGCCUUGAGAAGACGAUCACCAACUGUUUGUCUAAUGGCACUGGAUCUGAUUGUGCUCUUAGUGCAGAUAUCAAUGAUUUUAACGCACAGAACCUGACAUGACAACAUUUUUAAAAAGAAAAAUGGUAAUGAUUACUAAUCCUUCAAAACUAAUUAAGAGGAAUAACAGGAAGGACUUGUCAUAAUACCUGGCAAAGCCUAAAAUAAAUCCUGAAUUACAUAUGUUUUUUUGCAGUAUCUAAUUUUAUUGCAUUUAACAUUUAACACAUUUGAGAUCUAGAUUUAGUUAAUUUUACUGAUUUUUACAAUUCAGUGUGACUAGCAUUCAAAAUAAACACUUUUGCACUAAAUAAAAUUAACAUUGGUAAAAUGACCUGAUUAUUAGCAUUUAGCAAAGCAUAUUAGUCUUAACAGUUCCCUGUAAAUAACAAUAUUUGCCUUUAUACAGACAUUACUAACAGCAGGUAAUUUGGUUUUUGACUCUGGCAGUAUUUUAAACCUUAAAUCAAAUAAAAGCAGAAUCUCUAGUUGACCCGAAGACAAAAAUAUCACUAUAAGAUUAACUAAGUCAGACCAUAAAACACUUAAACUGUAAAAGAGACUACCCAGCUAACUCUUUUGUAAAUAUGAAUUCUGUAAUGUUUAAAUUGCCUAAUGACGUGGUGUGUGGGGUGUACUUGCAAAUUGUUUAUUUCAAGUACAUAGUCUGUGAAAUCCUUGGCUUAUUUAUGUAGGUCAUUUUUUAUUUUUACUUUUAGAUACCAUUUAUCCUAUAUGAGCAACAUAUGCAGUUGUCAGGUUGUUCUGAUCAGUUGUGUAGUGAUAAUGGAUGUAAUGAAAAAAUAUACAGAGAAUAUUCUGUAGAUGAAACUAUGCAAAGGAUUGCUUCAUCAGGUCACUGUAUUUUAGAAAAACUAACACAUAUAAAUGGAUGUGUCAGGGUCAGAAGUAAAAAAAAAAAAAAAAACUAGCCAGCUUUUUAUAAGCAUUGUGUGGAGACUGUGUAUGAUGUUCUGUGGACACAUUUCUCAUGUCUGCUACAAUGAGUCAGACUCAACAAGACUUGACCUAAUGUGACUGUUAGUAUCCCUAUUAUGUUUUAAUAUAUUCAUCCAGCUCAUACAGUUGCUCACUCAUAAAUGUAUUGUCAUUUUGGUGAUCAACGGUUUAUUGCAAAGUUAACAAUUUAUCUGCCUCUCACAUAACCGAUGUAAACUUUUAACAGCGUUUAUUUUUUGCUGACAGGUAAAGAGUUAUUAGGAAGUUUUCUUUUUUCAUUUGAUUGUCAUUUCACAUCAUUUUAUUUUUAUUUUUUAUUAAAUUGGUGAAACAUUUUGUACUUUUUAGGAUCCAUUUCAUGUGAUUAAACAUGCACUGGCUACCGAUGCUACCAAUUGAAUUAAGCCCUCCAUGCAAAAAAUGUUGGAACAUUUAAACAUGAAGUUUUAUUUAUGGCGUUUCUUUCACUUUUAUUAUAUUUCUUUGUAGAAUGCAAACCAACAGUGAGGGAGGUGAGCAGAGAGUUGGAAGAUUACAAGGACAAAUGUAACCUAUCCAUAAUUCAGUUUGUUCAUGCAAUAAUAAUGAGAGAAAAAAAUAAGAAUGCACAAGCAGAGAAUUUUCAUAUUUGCAGAAUAACUGAAUGUUAGUAUUGACAGAUGCCAAAUGCUUUUCAGAAAAACAUUUUCAUUUAUCAUUUUUAUUAAAUUGUACAAGACAUAUCAUCAUCAGAAUUUAUUUCAUGUAAUGCAAUGAUCAAAAUCUUGCAGGUCAUUUAAUUUUCAAAUAUCAGUUUGAAAAAAUUGUGAAAUUUUAGUUUAAUCAUUUUUAGAUUCUUUUUUUAAUGUUCUGCUUAACGUUAAUAACACUCUUUGGUGCACUGAAUGUAUUGGCACCUCACAGUCUGUCACUUGCUGAAUGCAUGUAAUAGAUCUUGUUAAAAAAAAAACAAGUACUGAAACAUUUGUAAAUUUUAUUGUAUAUUCUUUCUCUGUUUACAUGACUGAAAUAAACUUGUUUUUUUGA